AUGUCUUCGCGUCCCGCAGUUUACAUCGUCUCCUCUGCUAGGACUCCUGUGGGCUCUUUCCUGGGUGCCCUUUCUAGCCUCACUGCCCCGCAACUUGGUGCCCAUGCAAUUAAAGCUGCUCUCAGCAAAACUGAGGGAGUAAAGCCAUCCGAUGUUCAAGAAGUGUUUUUCGGCAAUGUACUUUCUGCGAAUGUUGGACAGAAUCCUGCUAGACAAUGCGCUCUUGGUGCCGGCCUUGAAGAAUCGACGGUGUGCACUACAGUAAAUAAGGUUUGCGCGUCUGGUUUAAAGGCAGUCAUUCUUGGGGCACAGACCAUUAUGACUGGAAAUGCUGAUGUCGUGGUGGCUGGUGGCACCGAAUCCAUGUCAAAUGCUCCUCACUACCUUCCAAAUCUUCGCACCGGUGCGAAGUAUGGUCACCAAACCAUGGUGGAUGGUGUCAUGAAGGAUGGCUUAACGGAUGCAGGUAAGCAAGAGCUUAUGGGUUUUCAGGCGGAGGAGUGUGCCCAAGAUCACGCUUUUAGCCGAGAACAGCAGGACGCUUAUGCUAUUCGGACCUACGAGAAGGCUCAAGCUGCCCAAAAGGCUGGUCUCUUUGAUAACGAGAUCGCACCAAUUGACCUUCCUGGUUUCAGGGGUAGACCCGGCGUGACAGUGGCACAAGACGAGGAGCCAAAAAAUCUCAAUCCCGAUAAGCUUCGGAGCAUUAAACCUGCAUUCAUUCCUGGAUCUGGAACUGUGACAGCACCUAAUUCUUCACCCCUAAAUGAUGGCGCUGCAGCCAUUGUGCUAGUUUCAGAGGCUAAGUUAAAAGAGCUUAACUUAAAACCAAUUGCGAAAAUCCUUGGGUGGGCAGAUGCUGCCCAACAGCCUAGCAAAUUCACGACGGCCCCAGCACUUGCUAUUCCCAAAGCCCUCAGCCAUGCUGGUGUGAAGCAGGACGCUGUUGAUGCAUUUGAGAUCAACGAAGCUUUUAGUGUCGUUGCUCUCGCCAACAUGAAGCUACUCGAGAUCCCGGAAGAGAAAGUCAACAUCCAUGGUGGUGCCGUUGCUAUUGGACACCCUCUUGGUGCCAGUGGUGCUCGCAUAUUGACCACGCUGCUUGGCGUUUUGAAGGCAAGGAAUGGUAAGGUCGGUUGUGUCGGAAUUUGUAAUGGCGGAGGGGGUGCCAGCGCUAUGGUGGUUGAGUCACUCGUCUGA